UUUUCAUGACGUAUAGAGGCGAUAAAAAUUGAGUAUUUAAAUAACGAUUUAUGAAUAUAUGCUACUGUCAACUUAUGUAAACAAGCUAUCAUCAGAUGUGCUAAUACUGCAAUGCACAUGUGCAUUUUUCUUUGAUAAAUAUAGUUAUUGAAAAAACUAAAGUUUCUUCGGACAAGUUUAUGAAAUAAAGAAGAAUUUGAGAGGAACCUACACAGUUCAUAAUUGUCAUAAGGAAACUGCAUUUUUAAAUUUAACAUGGAAAAUAACAGUGAAGUGGAAUCAUUUUCACAGAAUGAUUCUGUAUCAAGUAUUGCUUCAAAUGCCAGGUAUAGGGAAGAUGCUAUUCUGUUAGAGCAGCAAUCAUUACUUCAACUUUUGCAAAAGGCAAUAUCAGAAACGAAUGAAGAACAUAUCGCAUUUGGAAAAGAAAUUUCACCCUUAUUGAAUAAAUUAAGUUUGGAACCACAAUUUCUACCUAAUGAUAUUAAAGAAGGAUUGCAAAAAGUAGCUUUAAUUAUGAGGUCUGAAAAGCUGGCUGAUUUCAAUGAUGCUACACUGAAUAUAGUAAAGGAAAGGGAGAAAAUAGAAGAAAAGAAAAGGCAACAUGAAGAAAAGCAAUUAUCAUUAUCAUAUGAUGAUAUUUUCAGAAAACAUACUAUAUUUUCAAAAAAAUUGAAUAAUUUACAAGAAGCUGUAAAUUCUCUUGAGAGUUUUAUUGAAGAUGCUCAAAAAGAACACGAUGAUAAUUACUGUAAUCGUGUUUCAUUAUCUACAAAGUUGCAAGAAUACCAACAAACUACAGAGAAAUUGGAAACUGAUUUAUUGGAUAUGCAAAUUGAAGAUGUUUACCCACAAAAGAUAUUAAAUAAAUAUAAUAGGUAUUUGGAAAUGUCAGGAGAAUUAGCAGAACUUAAUCAGUGUCUUAAUCAGUAUGGUGAUUUGCCACCAAAUUUACUUCAAGCUAAAGCUUUGCUUGAAGUUAAACAGAAGGAAUACGAAACCUUGGAGAAUACAUUUCUGGACAAAACAAGUUAUUCUUAAGUUAUAGUUAAAAUUAUAAUAAUAAUUACAGUUAUGUGUUGUUACUUUUUCAUUUUCAUACAAAAAUAAAGAUAGAAUAUUAUGUAUCUGUUAUUGUACACGUUCAUUAUUUAAAACCCAUAUUUCGAUUGUGUUUGUUUUCUUGUCAACCUAUUCUGUGCCCACUGAUUCUUUAAUUCCAUUUCCAU